GGCUGGGAUGAUAAUUACGUUUCUUUGGGCAGAGCGCGAACACACCGCUGUGAAUAAGAGCUGUCUAACAUGAGGCGGCUGACACAGAGGUAGAUUUUUGAUCGGAAGAGCCUCUGUACGUCGCGUUUCUUGUUUGGAGAACCCUCCCCUUUUGUUUUUUUGCCUGGCAUUAGUUUCAGCUGGAAGUCUGCCGUGGAGCUGUUGUCACACAGGCCGCGAAUCGGCGCUUGUUGCUGGGAGGAGACCUUCCAGACCCGCCGCCUCCCUGCUAGCAUUAUUAGCUGGCUAUGAUGCGUCGCUGCUGCUGGUGUAACGUUAUUUCCCACACAGCAGGCCACUGUAAAGCGAGGCAGGUCCUUGGUUAACUGUUUUCCCCGACGGAACUGAAGGGUGACUUGGAAAUACACCACACCUUUCAAGGAUGGAUGUUGAUUUGUGUGCUGGCGGGGACAGUACCAGGAGGAAAGUGGAUAUGGCUGGGGUUGCAGAAGGCACAAUGGACGUCGUACCGUUGGAGAUGUACGACUCUGCCAGAGCAAAAAUAGCUGCCAACCUGCGGUGGCUGUUUGCUAAAGCCUAUGGCAUCGACCAUAUCCCAGAGGACUUAAGGGACCCGUUCUACACAGACCAGUACGACCAGGAACACAUCAAGCCGCCCGUCAUCCGCCUGCUGCUGUCCUGCGAGCUCUACUGCCGCGUCUGCGCCCUCAUCCUGAAGACGGAGCAGGCGGCUUCUCUUCAGUCCCACCUGUCCGUCAUCCAGGCUCUGUCCAGGAAGGGGAUUUACGUCGUGGAGAGUGACGACACGCCAGUCACAGAGGGAGACCUGGCCUGCGCGCCCAUCAAAAUGAGCGCUCACAUGCCCAUGAUCGAUGCCCUGAUGAUGGCCUACACAGUGGAGAUGAUCAGCAUCGAGAAAGUGGUGGCUUCCGUCAAGCGCUUCUCUACCUUCAGUGCCUCUAAGGAGCUACCCUUCGACAUGGAGGACGCUAUGGUCUUCUGGAUCAACAAGGUGAACACUAAGAUGAGAGAAAUCACAGAAAGGGAACACAAAGUCAAGCACCACCCGUUAGAGUCCCCCAGCCACCAAAAGGUACGGUAUCGUCGGGAGCACGCCUCGGGCCGCCAGCUGCCCUUCUUCCCACUGCUGGAAGACCUGAUGAGGGAUGUUUGUGACGGAGCUGCGCUGCUCACCGUGGUCCACUACUACUGCCCGGACCUCAUGAAGCUGGAGGAUAUUUGCCUGAAGGAAGUACCCUCCAUCGCUGAUAGCCUGUACAACAUCCAGCUACUCAGAGAGUUUGCUAACGAGUAUCUGAAUAAAAGUUUCUAUCUGACAACGGAGGAUAUGCUCUACUCGCCUCUUGUGCUCAAGCACAAUGUGAUGGUGUUCAUCGCUGAACUCUUCUGGUGGUUUGAGACCGUCAAGCCAGAGUUUGUUCAGCCCAGAGAUUUACAAGAGUUUAAAGAUGCUCGAGCCAUUGCUCAGCCCAAGUGUGCCCGCCCAUCAGUGCCCAUCUCCAACGCCACCAAGCGCAGCUUCCUGGCCAGCCCCGGCAUGGCUGAUAACCAGAGCAGCCCUGAAGUCUGUAACAGGUACUUCCUGCAUCCCGAAGACUCUGAUCCCCUUAAAGGGGGUCCUUCCUUCAGUCCCUCCCACCCACUCUUGCCCCUCCGACAGAGGCAACAGAAGCAGCAAGGAGAGGAUGGUGCAGGUCUGAGAAACCGCUCCAACUCACUGACUCAGAUGGACGGACAGCCUCGAGGCUCUGUCGUCGCAUGGCCCGACAAGAGGCAAAGGCCGAUGUCCACGCUGAGCCCCUACAUGUUUCAUUCAGCCACAGACAGUGAUGCUGACAUGGUUUCUGGUGACAGUGUGAGUCUUGCCCGCUCUAUAAGUAAGGACAGCCUGGCGUCCAACGUCAUCAACAUCACGCCCAAACAUCAGACUUCUGUCCACCAACCCACACAGGCUGCAAUGCGCAGAGUCAACGGCCACGGCCUCCUAGGAAAUGUCAACAUUGAGGACGAGGAAGAAACUCCGGUAACGGUUGCCAGGACUGAUGCUCCCGCCAUCUCAAAACAAGUUGAUGGGAUGCAGGCGACUGCCAGGGUGGGACCCAAACCUUCCACUGAGUCCAAACCUGAACAAGAUAGCUUUUACCUAGAACCACUGAUGCCUGCCGUGCUCAAAACGGCUAAAGAGAAGUCUAUAUGCCUAAACAAAGAGGAGGAGAGUGGUGAGGGGCCUCGGUCUUCAGGAAGGGGCUCUCUACGUCGAGGAGAUGGAUCUACAUCAGCUGUUCGUAGGAAAGCUCCCUGCGGCUUGAACCAAACCUUUUCUCCUCCAGGUGAGGAGGCAGAUAUGUCAGAGGAGCCCCCCCAGGGUCCAGAAGGGUUCAGACCCACUGUCACUAGCAGUGUGGACUCCUCGUCCAGAGAGCCAGCCGGGGGUUUCUACCUGCAUUCAGAUUCUGAAGAACCAAAGCCUGUCCAGGGCCUGGACGCUGAGCUGGAAGACCUGGAUGAGGAGGAAGAGGAUUUGGACGAAGCUAUUUCAACUAAAGACCCCACCUGGCCCAGGAAAGCCUUUAAUGAGGAUGAAGAAGAAGAAUCAGCCAAACUCCAAGAGGACAUGAAUGUGAAAGAGCACGAGGACAAAGACAUGAAUGGCUGCAGCGGUCGCUCCAGCCCGUGUCUCAGCGCUCACUCCCAGGCCAGCAGCAUGGCCAGCGGAAGUGUGCGCAUGACCUCCUUCGCUGAGCGCAAAGCCCAGCAGCAACGCUUUGGCAGCAACCAUGACCUACGCUCCAGUGCCUCCAGCUCGCAAAGGACCACUCCAGAUGGGUCGGAGAGCAGCGGGCCCCUGGCCUCCACCUGGAGGCUUAAAAGAGACCCGAGCCCCACCUCACCCAUGGGAGGAUGCAAUCGCACAGGCGAUGGUAGCGGCGGUGCUAAUGUUCUAGCUUCUGAAAUCGUCCAGCUCCGUAUGCAGCUGGAGGAGAAGCGACGCGCCAUCGAGCACCAAAAGAAGAAGAUGGAAGUGCUGUCGGCCCGGCAGAGACAGAAGCUGGGUAAGGCAGCCUUCCUGCACAUCGUGAAGAAAAGCGGUGGCAAGAGUGACACAUUACCCAACCCGCUUAAGGCCGACCUCUCCAAAGACGAGCUCAAUGGGGAGAAAGGAACAUCAAGUAAAGAUGAUAUGUGUGUAGAUGCCCUGAGGGGGGACAAAGAGGUGGAGGGAACCACCCCGACAGGUGCCUUAGAAGCAGAUAAGAAAGGGAACAGCGGAAGCUUCUAUCUCGAUGAAGAGUUGGACCUUAACGAGUGCAGCCGCUCCAUCGAGCUGCUGAAUGACGCCAUCGGCAGCAUCCAGCAACAGAUGAUGCAGCUGUCGCUCCAGCAGGAGAUGUUGAUGAAACAGAAUGUACAGUCCCCCCCUGGUGCAACUCCACCUCCUCCUCCCUCCAGCGACAAAAACAGUAACUCUAAGGCUGGAGCAUCCUUUCACUAUGUGGAGCACCUCUCCAGCACUGGAACCGCCCCCACCAGGAAACCCCCCAAACUGACAUCAGGCCGAAGCUCCAGAUCCAAACCAUCAGAGCUAAAGAUAGCCAAGGAGCAGAGCCGGCAGGUCUCCAGGACCCUCACCCCCACCCAGAGUGGGUCAGAGACAUUACCACACCUGAGGCAGUUAGCCGGGGGCAGGUCCCCCAGGACCGAGCAGCCUGACACUCCCAGCCCCAGAAACGCCCCAGCAGGAGAGACAAUCGACAGGCCAGGCUCCGGCCACGUUCGGAGCGCCACUUUCAGGCUUCACGACGAGGCCAAUAUGCGUCUUCCGACACGAGUGGACCUGACGGCAGUGGCUGCCCCAGAAGUGUCCUUUGACGAGUGCCUGUCCAACACCCAGAGAGAGUCUGAGCUCAACUCUUCAGACGGUUCAGGAAAAGAGAAUAUACCAUCAGAGGAGAGUCAGCGCUCCAAGUCUCAUCUGAUUGAGGUGGAUUUGUCAGAGCUGAAGGCUCCCGAGGAAGACGCUGCUGAAGACGGAACGACAGAGGGAGGCGACGGAGAGAAGUCAGUCAUGGGCUUCUUCUUCAAGGAUGAGCAGAAGGCGGAGGAUGAGCUCGCUAAGAAGAGAGCAGCGUUCUUGCUGAAGCAGCAGAAGAAAGCUGAGGAGGCUCGGCUUCGCAAACAGCAACUAGAAGCAGAAUCUGAGCUCAAACGAGAUGAAGCCAGACGGAAGGCCGAGGAGGACCGCGUGCGUAAAGAGGAGGAGAAGACGCGGCGGGAGCUGAUAAAGCAGGAGUACCUGCGGAGGAAGCAGCAGGAGAUGUUUGAGGAACAAGGUCUCGUAAAGCCCAAAACCCCCAAACCGAAGCAGAAACACAGACCCAAGUCUGUCUUCAGAGAGGAGUCCUCCAGCGAUAAUUUCUCCAAGUGCUCUUCUUCCACACCUGACACUCUGAGCAACACCCAGUCAGGAUCCAGUCUGUCUCUGGCCUCUGCUGCCACCAACGAGGCUGACAGCGUCAACUCCGGAGGGGCUGGCUCCCAGCGCUGCGACUCUGUGGAGUCGUUUCCUGGAAGUCGUAAUAGUCGGACUGCAGAAAGAGACUGGGACAACGGCUCCACCGCUUCCUCCAUCACUUCCAUGGCUGAAUAUACUGGUCCUAAACUCUUCAAGGAGCCCAGCGCCAAGUCAAACAAGCCAAUCAUUCAUAAUGCAAUCUCCCACUGCUGCCUGGCCGGCAAAGUCAACGAGCCCCAGAAGAACCAGAUCCUAGAGGAGCUGGAGAAGUGUGAGUCCAACCACAUGAUGAUCUUAUUUCGUGACGGCGGCUGCCAGUUCCGGGCGCUCUACUCGUACUUCCCCGACACCGAAGAGAUCCAAAAGCUGACAGGCACCGGACCCAAGAGCAUCAGCAAGAAGAUGAUCGACAAGCUGUACAAGUACAGCUCAGACCGGAAGCAGUUCACCGUCAUCCCCGCCAAGACUGUGUCAGUCAGCGUGGACGCCCUGACCAUCCACAACCACCUGUGGCAGGCCAAGAGAGGUGCUGUGCCAAAGAAAAGCGGAAAAUAGCGGAUUUUUUUUUUUUUAACCCUCCGUCACCCGAAUCAUCUCUUCCCCCAUCUUGCUUCUUCCCUGAAUAGACUGCAUUGACGCCCACAGCAAAGCUCGACGCCAUGCUCGGUUUGGAAACCUACUCAGGAGAGGCCACGUUUUACAGACACGUGGUCAUCUGUAGGUGGACCAAGGCAGGAACAAGGGAAAAGGGAUGUGUGAAUGUGUGUGUGUGUGUGUGUGUGUGUCACAGGUGGUCUAAAGGACUGGUGCUUGCAAAAAUAAAAAAGAGAAACGCCGGCUGAAUUCGCUUCUUCCCACCUGUGAUCUCAGUGCGAUCUGUUCAGGUUCUUUUUGGUCCGGCUCCAUUUUUUUUUUUUCCUCUUAUUUUUCUACAACGACCACGACUUAAGCAUGUGGCUUCUUUUUUUUUCUGUCUCUCUCAUAUGUGGUGGAUGUUCCUUUUUUUACAUCAAGUAUUUAUUAGUUCAGCACUGUCAUGGUCGAGAGCUCAGCUGCAGCACGAAAAUCCUUCCUUCUCUCUCCGGGAAAAAAAAACGCCUCUCCUUCGGACAGAUUCGGACAAAAGGAAGGGGGGACGUAUAUAUAUAUCGGGGAUUUCUGAUGCUCUUUUCAGAAAAAAAGCGGGACCUUUGUACAACCCUUUAGGACAGUCGGGGGACUGCCCUGCUGUCCAUCAACAACAACAACAACAAAUCUCUUCCCGCCGUGGACCGUCGGAUCAGGCUGGCAUUGCCGAUUUUUGCCUCACCAGGGACCUCCAAAAAAAAAAAAACAAACCUGCUGCUCUGAACUGUCUUCUUUUUCGUCACGGGGGGGGGAGGGGCGGAGCUUCUCCGUCUCCCCUCGGGACAUCCGUUGGCCUUUCACGCAUCGUGGUACUAUCGUCUGUUUAUUCGACUCGCUUUUUAAACUAGACGCUGAUCGUAUAGCACUGGAUAUGUGUAUAGCAACGAAAAAAACCAACAACAAAGAAAAAAAAAAAACGUUAACGACGGUCAUUUUAAAUACUUUUAUUUGUCGAAACAUCCUUUUUAUUGAGGGUGUCAAAAGAGGGUGAAUGGAUUAGGCUUUGGUACAGAAAUGAUGCUUUUUUUUUGUUUUGUUUUAGCUUUUUUUUAUUAUGAUUAUUAUUAUUAUUAUUAAAGCAAUGUGGUAUAGAGUUUGAGCUGAUGUUAUGUGUUUUCAUCAUAACGGGGAUUCUCUGAUGUUUAGAGCUUAGUUGUGUUUUCUCUCUCCACUGGGCACUCUUGAAUUGUCCUGUAUAAAGGUGCACUCAUGAACACUUGUCGACGGCUUCUUUCAUGCAAUGUAACCCACCCCCCACCCCUCCCCCCGUCCCCCUUCCUCCCCCCCGUCAACCCUCCUCCUCCCCUCCCUUUAGUGUUUUUGUCGGCCUGUCCCAUCUUUAACCACGAGAGCCGCACACCACACACUCUUGUUGUUUAAAGAGUGUCCUCGUGCUGCUGCUCUGUAACCGCUUCGAAUGACAGUAUUUGAUAUAUUCACAAAAGGGGGGGGCGGGGAGGGGGGUUUGUGUUUGUGG